ACAGAUGUCAAAAGGGGGAAUUGUGCUGUUACAGAGUAAAUAUCAAGGGAUUUUUUUACACUUGGUAACUUCCUUAUAUUGUCAGGCAAUUCUUCAUUCCUUUUUUGCAGAGAAUUUACACUAACUUCUGCUUCCUCAACUAUUGAAUGGCGCUUUCACUUUCACUUUUGUGUGUUGGUGGGUCACCGUGGAGAAUUCACGGGGAAAUUUAUCCGCUGGCUGGGGGAGUUUCCGUUGCAGCAGAGGCGGAGUAACAAAGGGGUUGAUCUGCGAGUGAAUGCUUGUGGUCGUGAGCGGUACAAGUUAUGAUGUGUCAGGGUGUUGAAAGUGUUUGUACAGUAGGAGUUGUUCAACAGGUCGCUCCUGUAGUCUUGUACCUGUGUACAGACUAACUUCGCAGCCUGGCUCAGGAAACCUCCCUGUUUCUUUUCAACAACACAGAGUGGUGUACAAAUAUGAAGUUGCUGGAGCUGGGGGACGCCGUCAGUCGCUUCAGGUUUUCUCAGUCCUGCGUGGGCUUUGCGGGCUGCCUGUGUGUGAUCUACGCAGUAUGGACACCGUACUGGCUGAAGGAUAGGGGGCUCUGGGCCGAGUGGAAUAACACUAACACUGAGCAGACAAAUCACAAAGGUGUCUUCAACGCCCUUGAAGCAGAGAGGGUGUUUGCGGUUCUCUCCUUCCUGAUGGCCGUCAGCACCGGCGCUCUGUGCCUGGUGUUUGCCCUCUGCUGGACGUCUCAGACGGUGCGUUCCUACUCCAACACUCGCUCUCUCCUGAUGGCAGGACAGGCGCUCUACCCCACCACACUGCUGCUGCUCACCAUGGCCUCGACAGGUUUCUUCUUUCUCCUCAGCUGGUCUCUGUUCACUUAUCAGCACCGGGAGGAAAUCAGUCAAGACCUCUCCAGCCUCGGCUCCUCCUAUUGGUUGGGGGCGAUUGGGUGGUUCCUGCUGUUGGUCAUGGAGAUGAUAGUCUUCGUAGCUGAACAAGCUGUUGUGCCAGACAUCCUACCAGACCUAGAAAAGGCCGUGGAGUCUUGGCGGAUUUCCUCUCAACUCAGGACCACUACACUCUCCUGCAGCGAUAGUUAUAACUCUGCUUACAGCCCGAGCGACAUGUAUCCACAGAGGUUUGUGUCAGCAGCACUCUGAGUGAAGUGCAUAAGAAAGAAAAAGACAAGAGGAAAUGACUGCGAAUGUGUACGGUACACAUUAAUGCGCACAGGCUCAACGAAAAACCAGCAAUCCCUCGCUGCUUUACAGAUCCAUACAACCAGACUGCAUAUUGAUUCACUGUGUUUGGAGUAAAAUGUUAAGCCGGGAGAAUUAAGGAUCCUGAAGCCUGGAAGUCAGUGUGACAGGAGGUUUCGGCUUCCUGAAGAGCUGACGGUGCCACUGACUCUGAAGUGUAUUAUCAGUAUUGACUGAAAUUUGAAUUAUGAAAACACUAAGGACCAACAGUACUGGUGAGAACUAACAUGAGGACUGUUCUCUGACGAAGUGGUGUGUAGAAAUGUGUGUAGAAAGUUCUGAAUCGCACAAAGUUUUGUCCAGGUUAUUGCUUUUUUUUUAAUGUAAACGAAACACAAAAUAUUCAAGUUGUCCCUUUUAUCUGAAUGCUUCAGUUGGUGCUGCAGUGGGGAUGAAUGUCAGAAUAACGUCAUCACGUUAUGACACUUUUGGCGGAUCUCAACAGAGGAGAUUUAUUUUCAGAUGUUUUAUUUGUAAUAAGUUGAGCUACAAGUGUUUCAAUAUGCUGAGGGCAUCAUGAUUGUUGAACUACUACUGACACAUACACAUGUUUCUAUUUUGUUUCCUUCUUCUGUUAUUCAUUUUGUAUUAAAGCAACAUUAUGUAAAAAUG